AUGGCCUCGACCGACCAAGCGUCAGGCUACUCGGUGACACCUACUCAAGGGCGGUUCAAUAUCCGACAUUCCUCCAGGAAAAGUGACGACUUCUCCGCCUCUCAACGACCCUCUGUCAAAGACGGCCGCUCGCUCUCCGGCGGAAGCGCUCAGUAUGGCCAGAAGGCUUUCCUCCCUGCCUUUACGCCUGCCAAUCCUCCGGGAAGCUUCAGCACCGAUCUGAAAAACACCACGCAUUCGGGAAGGACUACUCCCCAGACGGAGGUGGCCGGCGUUACCUUUGCUCGUCUACAACCGCAACACAAGGAUGUGGACGCUCUUACCACCUCGGAGCAGCGACAAGCUGCGGUUCGUGAUAAAAUUGCAAAGGAGAUGAAAAUCAAGCUGGGAACUGAGAACAUGCUAGAAGCGCUGCUGAGCAAGAACAACAAACAGACCAAAGAACAGCGACAGAAGGUCGAAAUGGAGUUGGGCUCUUCCAACAGGAAACUAGCCGAAUUGAAGCAAGAACUUGACCAGGAGAUCAUGCGGUCUCAGACCCCGACCACCCCUCCGAACAAUCGCAUUACCAGUUACUUUCGAGGAAGUCCCCUCAAGUCCCCUGCCCUGGGGCAAAACCAGGGCUCAGACCUCACAGAGUCGAUUGACAGCGAGUCGCCCACGGUGGUGCUUACAGAGACCCUUCAACAACUCGAGGCGGACGGGAUGCCUCCAGACUAUUACAUCGAGCGCGCAAAUACUCUAGUCGACCUUCUGAAGCGCAACCCUGGCCUGAAGUACGACCUGGCCUGGAAAGUCUUUAGCGAGCGAGUUCAGAUGAUGCUGCUUAGCGAAAGCUCCGAUGUUGUGGCAGCAGGCUACAGACUCACCCGGCACGCAAUCGCCGAUCGGAAAUCCCUGCAGACUAUCCGAACUCUCCACACGGACGAACUGGUCAUCCUAUCUCUGGUCAAGAAGGCCAACACUGCGUUGGAACGCGAGCAAGCGAUUAAAUUUGUCCGGGCAUUUUUGGACGUCAAAGACGGUGUCUACGAGAUUUCCCGUGCCGUUGUGCGAAGCCUGGUAGCGGUCGCCGAAACAUAUGAUGAUCGACUGAGGGAUAUCUGCUUAUUGACGCUUGCGGAACUCCUUAUGAAGCACACAGAACUGGUCGUUGCUGCAAAUGGGAUGAGCACCCUUACCGAGGCCCUUGCGGAUGGCUCUUUCCCUGCGCCCGAAGGUCUUGUUGCUAGCUUUCUUCACAUCCUGGACCAUCCACAACAACGCAAGUACUUACACACUGGUCGAGAGUUUGAGGCAAUGUUUGCUCCGUUCACAGAUCCCUUACUGCUCAGUGGCAAUGAGGAGAGAUUGAAGACAUGUGCUCAGGCAAUUGCAGCAAUGCUCAAGACUUGGCCUGGCUUCCUCCUUCUGUCCAUGAAUGGUGCCUCUCCUCUUCGAUCUCUGAUUGACUCGCUGGUCUAUCCCAUAACGGCAACUCGGGAUAUUGUAUUGGAGCUCUUUUUCGACAUCCUCCGUAUAAAACCGCCUUCCUGGUCCACGUCGUUUCUGGCUGGCAGAAGAUUGACCACCUACGGAAGGGCCAACACUUUGCCAGUGGAGCAACCAUCUCAGAGACAGCUGGCAGAAUAUAAUGCAGAGGGGAGGUUUGAUCUAACUUACCAUUUCUCAGCGUUCGUGCUGGCGGCACUAAUAAAGGCUGGUCUCAUCCCUGCACUGGUGGAUUUGAUCAAAAUUGAGGAGGAUCUAGCUCUGCGCAGGAAGGCAACACUUUUACUAACUGAGGUUCUAAAGCUCGCACACCACACUCUACCCGAUACGAUCAGUUCAGGCAUUCAAGUACUUGGCGAUCUCGUACCCAGCGGCAUCGACUUCCGCUCCGAAAACACUGCGAUCAAUAUGAGCAUGAUUUACCAGAUCGAAAGCAUCAAUCGAGCCCUCAACAGAACGUCUGCCUCCAUAUUCGGAAGGAUCGAGCAAGUCAAUGAAUUAGCUGCCGGUCCUCAAAUGAUUGAAAGAACAAAGUACACGGCUAUGAUGGACGGGGAUCAGUUCAGGCAGGCCAUGGCCGACAGCCAGGUCACAAGUCAUUCACAAUAUAUCAAAUGGAAAUGGGAACUAAUCCAAGGCUUGGUCGAAGGGCCGUUGACCAAUCCAAAAAGGCUGGAGGAAGCUAUCAGGUCUCCGAAAUUCAUGAAGAGACUGGUAGGAUUUUUCCGGCCGUUCAAAUACCGAUUUUCUACCAUCAGAAACACAAGACCUAACCAGCGAUACAUUCGCACCGGGUGUGCGUUGAUGCGAACACUGACCCAAACCUCGUUGGGCGUACAAUACCUUGCAGAGAACAAAUUGUUGCGGCAAAUCGGUGAAUGCCUCGCUCAGGUCGAUCCACAUAGCGGCAUCACUUCGUCUAACCCGUUGUUUGAGCGGCAUAACAUGGCUGAGACACUCAGCGGAGGCUAUUUCGUCAUGCUGGGUGCCUUGAGUCACUCAGCUGAGGGGAUGCGUCUGAUGGAACAGUGGCAUAUGAUGGACAUUUUCUACCAUCUCGUCGAACUCAAGGAUCGGGACGACUUGAUCCGGGCACUUCUGGGGAAUAUGGAUUACACGCUGGACACACAUCUCCGGGUGAUUCUGUCAAAAGCACUAACCUCAGGCGUCAAAGACAUCCGACUCUUUGCGACCAAGCUGCUUCGACGAUAUGCGGUAGGUCGGGUUCAGUAUUCAUCUGGACUGCAAGAUCGCUCAAGCUCACAUUGGGCCCUUCGACUGGUUCUGACGCAAUUAUACGAUCCGGAUGUGGAAGUCGGCGAAGUGGCGGUCAAGAUUCUUGAAGAAGCCUGUAAUCAAAGAAGUCACUUGGAAUACGUCGUCAAAUGCAGACCGUCACUGGACCACCUCGGUGAAAUUGGCGCCCCUCUUCUAUUGCGCUUCCUUUCGACUUCUGUCGGCUACCGAUAUCUCAGCGGGCUCGACUAUAUCACACAAGAAAUGGAUGACUGGUUCCUCGGGCGCAAUGAUGCGUAUGUGGCUUUGGUGGAGGCGUCCAUUCUUCGAGCAUACAUGGAUGGAAGUGCCAAUAAGGCGCAUUUCAGCGAAGAUGCUGCCGUUGAUUUACAUGAGGUUGGAAUUGCGCCUCCCCAUUUCUACCGAGAACUCGCCCGGACACAUGAGGGCUGUAAACUCCUGAAGCAGUCGGGACACUUUUACGAGUUCUCGGCCACGAUCCGAGAUUUCCGUCUUGAUGAAGAAGACCCAGAAGUACUGACCAAGGUGAAAGGUUGCAUGUGGGCCGUGGGCAACAUUGGGUCCAUGGACCAAGGUGCACCGUUCUUGGAGGAGGCGGACGUGGUUACGGCUAUUGUGAGGAUAGCAGAAGGCGCUCAAGUCCUGUCGAUGCGCGGCACCGCGUGUUUUGUUCUAGGCUUGAUAUCACGGACCCUUCACGGGUUCGAAUUGCUUGCUGAAAAUGGGUGGGACAGCACAGUAGAUCCCCGAGGACGUUCGCUUGGUCUCUGUCUGCCCCGUAACUUAGAAGCCUUGUGCUUGAAAUCGGUUGGGUCCUCCACAGUACCGCAGUCACCAUCCCCUGAGAACGAUGCCAAGUACAAGGCUGCAACGACGGACGAAAACCCUGUUAGAGCCAAGAUUCUCAAAUCCAUUGUCGAGAUGGGAAAUUCAGUCAUGUACAAAAAGGCUGCGGCGGAUCUUCACGCGCUCAAAACGAGACAGCCUAGCCACUUUGGCGACACGGAAAUGUUUCAGAAAACGCUGGUCAUCUUGGAGAGUCAUCACUAUCGGCUGCAGGCGCGGCACUACAUCCUCAACCUGUUCAACAAAGGCUUGAUGCGAAAGAUUAUUUUUGACGAAGAGAUGGGAGACUCGACCGAGUCCGAUACGGGAUAG